AGGAAACGGUUUAUUAGGAGGGAGUGGUGGAGCUGGGCCAGGCAGGAAGACGCUGGAAUAAGAAACAUUUUUGCUCCGGCCCCCUUCCCAGUCCCGGGAGGCCGCUGCGCCAGCCGCGCAGAGCGAGCCCCUCCCCGGCCCCAGCCCGGUCCCGGGCCGCGCCUGGACCCUGGAUCGCCGUCCAGCGCCCUUCGUGCGGCGGCUACCGCGCCUCGGGGGAGGGAGGCGGCCCUCGCCUGCUGCACUUCUGCGCCCGCCACCCGCAGGGCAGGCCCAGAGUGACCAUGGCCUUGGGCGCCCCCAGGAGGGGCCUUCUGAUGCUGCUAAUGGCCUUGGGCCUGACCCAGAGCAACCCCAUGAGCCCCUCUCGGGGACCGCUAGUGACCUGCACGUGUGAGAGCCCACAUUGCAGUGGACCUACCUGCCAGGGGGCCUGGUGCAUAGUAGUGCUAGUGCAGGAGGAGGGUAGGCAUCUCCACGAACAUCGGGGCUGUGGGAACCUGCACCAGGAGCUCUGCAGGGGGCGCCCCACUGAGUUCGUCAACCACUACUGCUGCUACAGUCCCUUCUGCAACCACAACGUGUCCCUGGUGCUGAAGGCCACUAAAACCCCUUCGGAGCAGCCUAAAGUAGAUGGCCAACUGCCUCUGGUCCUGGGCCCUGUGCUGGCCUUGUUGGCCCUGGUGGCCCUGGGUGCCCUGGGCCUGUGGCAUGUCCGACGGAGGCAAGAGAAGCAUCGGGGCCUGCACAGUGAGCUGGGCGAGUCCAGCAUCAUCCUGAAAGCAUCUGAGCAAGGAGACAGCAUGCUUGGGGACCUGUUGGACAGUGACUGCACCACGGGCAGUGGCUCAGGGCUCCCCUUCCUGGUACAGAGGACAGUGGCACGGCAGGUUACCCUGGUGGAGUGCGUAGGAAAGGGCCGCUAUGGCGAGGUGUGGCGGGGCCUGUGGCACGGUGAGAGUGUGGCUGUCAAGAUCUUCUCCUCCAGGGAUGAACAGUCCUGGUUCCGGGAAACAGAGAUCUACAACACGGUGCUGCUCAGACACGACAACAUCUUAGGCUUCAUCGCCUCGGACAUGACCUCCCGCAACUCGAGCACGCAACUAUGGCUCAUCACACACUACCACGAGCACGGCUCGCUCUAUGACUUUCUGCAAAGGCAAACGCUGGAGCCCCAGCUGGCUUUGAAGCUGGCUAUGUCUGCGGCCUGCGGCCUGGCCCAUCUGCACGUGGAGAUCUUCGGCACACAGGGCAAACCUGCCAUAGCUCACCGCGACCUAAAGAGCCGCAAUGUGCUGGUCAAGAGCAACCUGCAGUGCUGCAUCGCCGACUUGGGCCUGGCCGUGAUGCACUCCCAGGGUAGCGACUACCUGGACAUCGGCAACAACCCACGAGUGGGCACCAAGCGGUACAUGGCACCAGAGGUGCUGGAUGAGCAGAUCCGCACUGACUGCUUCGAGUCUUACAAGUGGACUGACAUCUGGGCCUUUGGCCUGGUGCUGUGGGAGAUCACUCGACGGACCAUUGUCAAUGGCAUCGUGGAGGACUACAGACCACCCUUCUAUGAUGUGGUGCCCAAUGACCCCAGCUUUGAGGACAUGAAAAAGGUGGUGUGUGUUGACCAGCAGACCCCCACCAUCCCUAACCGACUGGCUGCAGACCCAGUCCUCUCAGGCCUAGCUCAGAUGAUGCGAGAGUGCUGGUACCCCAACCCCUCCGCCCGUCUCACUGCGCUGCGGAUCAAGAAGACACUACAGAAACUCAGCAACAGUCCGGAGAAGCCUAAAGUGAUUCACUAGCCUCAGAGCCUAAAUCCCCUCUGCCUGCAGGGAGGGGUGAUGGCGGCCUGUGUUGGGUAGAGGUGGUGUGACGUUUGUUCUGGGGAGGGAGUGACCCUCUAUGGGCAGCUGCGUCUGCUUGCCUGCUCAGCCCCCAGCCCAUCCAGCCAAAAAUACAGCUGGACUGAAACCCGAUCCCCCUGCUGUCUGGCCUGCUCAAAGCAGCAGGCUCCCUGACGCCUGGCUCCUCCCCACCCCCCCCAUGCCAGCAGGGCGUACCCCCUGCCACCCCUAGGACAGGAUGCAAAACAGGGCCCAGAGCCAGGUUGGCCAAGCCAGGGAAUCCCAGUCUGGGUCCAGAGCCUGUAUCUGCACUUUACCCCCUGCCCUUAGUCAACUCCACUGCCCCACCAGAGCUGCCAGGGUGAAACGGGGCCCUGUCCAGCUUUCAGCAAACACCCGACCUGCCAGGUCUCAGCCUCUGGCACAAGCCCCAGACACUCCGGGCCCAUCAGUUUCUGUCCGUGGGUUCCUCUCUCAGAUCCAUGAUGCCCUCCUGAACCUACUGUUCUCCAGUGUGAGCUAAAUGCCAGCUGUCUGGGAUAGCUGGGGCCUGAC